AUGGUUUGGAUGCUCAAUACUAUUUGGCAGGUCCUCGCACUGUGUCUGUCAGUCUGGAUUGCUAUGAAACACUUCCGUCACCUGCGACGACUCGGCCCAUCAAAAGGAUCGACCAUAGGGGACUGUUUCAGAGUGCUGAUAAAAUCUCGCGUGCUUUAUUUCGCAAGUUCCGCGCGUGUUAGCUUUGUUUAUGUCUCUUGCCUCCAGUUUGAUUCUCUCCCCCCAGAGCUCAAUCAUUCAAAGCCUACGGGAGUUCAGAUACUCAAUGGUGCUUUUCAAAUUUUAUUGGCCAUGCAGAUGUUCGUGCUGGGACCACGCCUCAUCCUUAGCGUUAGAGAGUAUCACGCUAAGCUCGUGGCCAACUCCGACGCAGAAAUUAUUCGCCUGUAUGCCUAUAUCGCAAAUGAGCAUGGCAAUGAGAUGAGUGUUCCGCCCAUGCGACUGCAAAUUAAAAGUAUCAGCAAGACGCAGACCGUGAUAUUCUGGUAUCCAUACCUUGAUCAGAUGCACGAGCUCUAUCAUGCAAAGCAAAAGAAGAAUCAAGAGGUAGUCGUGAAACCCCAGAUGGUUGAAUGUGUCAGAUCAGGCGAAAAUGCCUAUCCACCAUCGUCAUCCAUCUCGGUAGCAUGA